AUGUCUAGAUUAAAUUGUUCAUUGUGGGCAAACAUUCAUACGUUUGUGCAACAUGACAGUCAGUAUACUUCUAAAUCAACAUUUUUCCGUGUUAAAAUCAACUAUCAUUCUAUUGAUUUAUUCAAACUAGAUCCCUUCUUAGCUUCAUUUG